UAAUCAUGAUUAGUCAUGGGUCUUAUGUCUAGUUUCUUGUUGUCUUUCAGGUAUGUGCUUGUUUUGAUGGCAAUGUAUGAUGUUUGGGAUCUUAUCGGGAGAUAUAUUCCCCUUAUAGAAUGCAUGAAGAUCGCCUCACGCAGAGGCCUCAUGCUGGCGAUUCUCUCUCGUUUCCUACUCGUCCCGGCAUUUUACUUCACUGCCAAAUACAGAGACCAAGGAUGGAUGAUCAUGCUGACAUCAUUCUUAGGAUUAAGCAACGGUUACUUGACUGUCUGUGUUUUAACUGCAGCACCCAAGGGUUACAAGGGACCUGAGCAGAAUGCAUUGGGAAACUUGCUUGUAUUAUUCCUUCUGGCAGGUAUAUUUGCAGGGGUUACACUUGAUUGGCUGUGGCUCAUAGGCAAAGGGUGGUGAGAUUCUGUUGUACUGUGGAUUUUUCCCAAAAUCUUUUCGGAACUGCUACUUUGUACAUAGAAAAAUGUCAUUUUCAAUUGUUUGUUAUGCCAAUAAAGAUUUUAAACUGCAUGGAUUUGUUAUUCUCAGAGUUAAUCAUGUCACUAGAAUAAAAUAGAAGCAUUAAGUA